AUGGCGCCGGGGUCGCAGCCCGCCGAGGGCACCCAGCGGAGCGGCUCGGACUUGACUUUGGCCGGCCUGCCGCGGCCCUGCGGCCUGAGCUCCAGCGCCCGGCCCCAGCCGCUGGACUGCCUCUUCGAGGAGGAGGAGACCCGCGAUGGCAGCAAGAGUCCCUUCUACCACAGCAUGGGCAGCACCAUGGGCAGCGCCAUGCUGUUUCCGCCGGAUGACUUGGGCGCGAGGGCCACGGUUCGCAGAACUCCGCGGCGACCCGAGGUGGCUCCCAUGGCUCCCAUGGCUCCCAGGGAGAUUCUCGAGGCGGAGGAUGAGGCCUACUACAGCGAGCCCGAGCGGGAGGUGCCUUUUGUCAGGACCCCCAAGGAGCUGCCGCGCUGCGAGACUUUGGGGGACUUCUCCACGUCCGCGGAGGAUGUGCCGCGCCCCGCGUCCCUUCAGCCGGUGGCCAAGUCCCCCCGCCGGCGCCGGAGCCGCGACGGCCGCGACGCGAACCGCGCCUCCUCGGGGUCCUCCCGGUCGGCCAGGCGAGUGGAGCACAGCCCUGCGCGUACGUCGGCCUCCACCGCGGUCUCGGCGGCGAAGUGCGCGGCAAAGUCGGUGGCUGCGGCAACGCGAGAGGAGCCUCAGUUCCUGGACUGGCUCGCCGACGAGCUGCAGAGCCGCCCGGACGAGGAGCAGCUGCCGCGGGUGCCGCGCAGCCACUUGGAGGAGGUGGCCAAGGUGCCGCCGCAGCUGGAGAAGCUCCUGCUGCUGGGCUUCCUUUUGUGCCUGGACAUCCUGUUGCACGAGCUCAGCUUCACGCCCUUGCAGGCACUGCGCUCCUCCCUGCAGCUGCUAUGCAGCUGGGCGGUGCCAGGCAGGCACGCCGAAAAGCUCUGA